UUUAUUAUUUUAGUUAGUUUUUGCGCCAAUAUCAUUGGACGUUGAGACCCCACGUGACCAUCCUUAAAACAGUGAUCGACCGAUGAAAGUUGAUUGAAAAAGUUGAUUGACCGAUCCAUCUAUAAAUAGAUCGGGAAAAAACCGCGGCAGAGCAUCAGAGCAUGUUAGUCAUUUGAGCGUUUGAUUCAGAAGGGCACUGAAAUAAACAGUCAAGCGUCUAGCGUGAUCUUGAUUGUAAACAAUCGCAGACGAGACGAGUCGAAAUGGCUGACAGGUUUGCUUCUCUGUCAGUGGAUGAAAAAGACAGAAUCUUUAACAAUGCAGAUGCGGCAAACACGAAAAGAGUUACCACGACGGCAGUGCGAGUAUUUAGAGAAUACCUUACAAGUAAAAGUCUUUCUGCGGAGUUUGAAACGUAUGAAAUCUCCGAGCUAGAUGAGGCCCUGGCUAACUUUUAUCUUGAAAUGAGGAACAAAAACGGAGAACUGUACAAAAAAUCUACUCUCUUAUCAUACAGACACGGAAUACAAAGACACUUGGAAUUGACACGUGAGGUUAACAUCAUGAAAGGCGAGCAGUUCAAGAAGUCUGUAAAGGCAUUUAAAUCUAUGACAAAUGAGUUGAAACGACAGGGAUAUGGGGCAGUUGACCAUUAUCCGGCCAUCAAUGAGGAAGAUCUGGCGAAAUUGUAUGAUUUUCUGACAAGUAGUCAGGAUGUACAACUCCUGCAGUAUAAGGUCUUUGUGGAUAUUAUGCUGCAUUUCGGACGCAGAGGGAGGGAAAACUUGGCAAGCUUGACAAGGAAAGAUUUUGCAGUAACUACAGACCCGGCAAAGAAUCUUUAUGUUUAUAAAGAGACGGAUGAAAGGACAAAGAACCAUCAAGAUGAUUCCAACAAAUCCUCCGAUGGAAGGAUGUAUGAAAUCAAAGAGAGUAACCGUUGUCCAGUCAGAUCCUUUGUGAAAUAUUUGAGGAUGUUGAAUCAUGACUGCAAUAAACUUUUUCAAAAAGUGCGCCCGGAGCCUCUGGAUGGUCAACAUUUUUACAGAUAUCCUGUUGGACACAACACGUUGGGGUGCUUUAUGUCGGACAUCUCAAAGGCUGCUGGUUUGUCUAUUGUGUACACAAACCACUCAUGCAGGGCGACAACAGUCCAGCUAUUAGAUGCUGCACAGUUUCCAAGCAGGCACAUUAUGACUGUCACCGGACACAGGUCAGAGUCAUCUUUAAAAACAUAUUCGGGCCAGACCAGUGAAAACACUAAAAAACUGAUGUCAGAAACUAUAAGUAAGAAAACUCAAGCUACAUGUAGUAAAACAGUUUCAACUUCCUCCAAUCGCAGUGAAUUACUUGCUAUUGAUGAUAUUGAUGUAUCAAAUAUACAGCCUCUAUCAGAUUCACAGUCUGAUGUACUAAUGAAAGAUCUAUUAUCAGAUGAUGAUGGUGUAGAUGAAAUGAUCAGACUACUAGAUAUCCCCAAUUCUCAGCAAUCAACUUCCUUUUCCAUCAAUACAAAGCCAGUUGCAAAUUUGCCCCAGAUUCCUGUACCAGUAUUCAACAGUUGUCAAAACAUAACCAUCAAUUAUAACAUUUUUCAGAAAUGAAAAUUCUUUUGUUGUGACAGAAAUAAAUGUUCAAAUUUGAAGAAAUGUUUUAUUGUUUAUUUGAUGAACACAAAACCAAGAAAAAUAAUAAAACAGUUAUAGCCUUUAGAUUUCGGUCGAUGCAUGGUUUUAUUGACCGAAGAAAAAUUAUCAACCUCGGACUUCGUCCUCGGUCGAUAAUUUUUCUUCGGUCAAUAAAACCAUGCAUCGACCUCAUCAAAAGGCUAUAAU